AUGGUCCGCGUCGCCAACGUUGUCCUUCGCCAGCGCGGCGGUGCAACUACCAAAGAAAACGACAGUGCACCCGGCAAGGAGGCCGGCCUCAGGCUUACCACCACGCCGGUUCCCACCCCAGCAGAGCCCGAGACAACCCAAGAGGCCACCGCGGAGCCCGAUUCUGAGGCCACUGAUGCUGCUGCUGCCGAGGAAGUCCCCGAGGAGGCUUCCAACGCCGAGGCAGAGACAACCCCGGCCAGGGCCAAGCGUGCUGCCCGCCGCAACCCGGCCGAUAAGACCGGCAAGAAGGAGGCCCGCAAGGCCGAGCGGGUAGAGAAGAAGGAGGUCCGGCAGGAGAAGCGCGAAACCAAGAAGGUUGCCAAGAAGGAGGCGCGCAAGGAGGCCAACGACGCCAAAAAGGAGGUCCGGGCGGCCGCCGCCGCUGAGAAGAAGGAGAAGGCUGCUGCCGCCGCUGCCGCUGCCGCCGAGAAUCCCGAGAGUGCUGGCUACUUUGCUAGGCUCCUGAGCUGGGGUAGGGGUACCUCUCCGAAGGAGGGCGAGGUCAAGGCUGAGGAUUCCGAGAGCUCUGGCGACGACGAGGAGACCCAGGUGGAAGAGACUGCUGAGGAAGCGAGCGAUGAGCCGUCUGUUGAGCCUGCGGAUGAGCUGUAUGUUGUCAACGACAUCCCCAUCCGGAUGACCGUUGCCCAGCCUCAGCCCAUUGCCGCUUGCUGA